UCGCACCUUUCGUCUCUGCCGGCAAGUGGCAGGCAGGUAGAUCAGGAAGCCUUCAAACCGCGCGCACAGUGUUUCUGUGUUUGGAGUCACAGGGACACACCAGUUAGAAGUGAAAAGUAAGAGACGAGUCUGAGUGUGCGCAUCUCCCGCGCGAGCGCAGGCUUGACAGUGAAGCUGGACCUUCACCCGGUCGGAUUCUAGGGACCUGCACGUUGGUUAGCUCAAUUUGCGAAAGUCAAGACCUCGGAAGGCGCUCUUUUUAUUCUUGUUGACGUAUUAUAUGCGCCGGGCGCACGGACAAGCGGAGCGUACACCAUGAGCUUCUUCAAUUCUAUAGGGCGGUCUAUGGGACGUUCAGGUCGUCCGAAAGGAUCGUCACAACGUUCUCCGACCAGUCCAGAUCUGCCCCAAUUUCCGGGCGGCGGCGGUUUUAGUCAGUUCAGCCAGCCACAACAACAGCAAACAGGUGCGCUGGGCCAGACAAACGGAAAGCCACUCUACCUCUGCAACCCGUUCGUACGAUCUGCACUGAUCAAGGGAAGCUUCAAGACGAUCGUAGUGCUGCCUAAGUACGUGGAUCAGCGGGAAUGGGUCGCUGUCAAUCUCUUUGACUUUUUCAACAACCUUAACCAGUUCUACGGCGUCAUCACCGAGUUUUGCACUGUGCAGAACAACCCGACUAUGUCCGCAGGAAUUGGGCUAGACUACACCUGGGUUGACCAGAAUCGCAAGCAAGUCAAGCUACCCGCGCCCCAGUACAUCGACUACGUCAUGACCUGGGUCGGCGGCCUUCUGAGCGACGAAGCCACCUUCCCGACCAAAGCCGCGCGCGACUUUCCACCAACGUUCAUGGUGACGGCCAAACACAUCUACAAGCAGCUUCUGCGUGUUUUUGCGCACAUCUACCACGCUCAGUUCCAAUGGCUCCUUCAUCUCUGCUGCGAGGGGCACUUUAACAGUCUCUUUGCGCACUUUAUCGCUUUCGGACGCGAGUUUGACCUGUUCGAAUUCGACGAGUUCAAGCAAAGUGGAAACUCGAGUGGGGGAGGCUACCCGGGCGUGUGCGACCUGAUAGUCGCAUGGGUGCAACUGGGCGUCUUGGAUGAGGGGGUUUUGAGGUGACGGCGACGUGGCACGAGCAGCAUCCUAUUUGUCCUGAACUCACGUGUAUCUAUAGCAUUCAAUGAUCCAAAGUCGAGCGCG